GAUAUAGCCGUCCGAUCGGCGUUCGUGAGCAGCUCGCAGUAUAUUUUUUGAAGUCGGUCUAGGCUACUGCGAAAGCUGACUGCAUCGAUCUGGGCCAAACCGAGCGGUACUUCACGCCUAGCAACCAACUGGCAGCCGUAGGAUGGCGCAAACACCACCAAACGUCGCGCCGCUUCCUCAAGAACACGCGGAGCCGCUGCGCGCCGCGUCGUUGAAGACGACCAACGUCGUCGCGCGCCUUCGCGGCGAGGCGACGCACGCGCGCGUCAGCGCCGCGCCGGGCGCCCCGAGUCCAGCCAUCGCACGGCUUCGAGCGCGGCCGGAGAGCGCCGCGGAGGUCAUCGAGGCGUCGGCCGACCCGGACGCGGCCGCGCGCGCCGUCGCGUACGUGGCGUUCGCGCCGUGGUCGUGCGACGGCCGGCUCGUGCUGCGCGCGCUCGCGGGCGCCCGGGGCCGGCCGGCGCACGGCCCCCUGCUCGCCGCGCUCGGCGCGCGGAGCGACGCCGCGGCCUGGGCCCGGACGCUCGGCGCGCCGCGGGGGCCGGCGGCGUUCCUGCGGGCGGCCGUCGCCGAGGCAUCCUUAUUGGCGUGCCCGGAGUGGCUCGUGGCCGAGGCCGCGGUGGCCCGCGACCGGCGUUUCUUCGGGGAGCGCGCGCUCGCGCCGGCCUUCGCCGCGGCGGCGCGGCCGGCCGCGGUCGGCGCCGACCUCGGCGCGGCCGCGCCGCCGCGGGCGGCGCCGCUGGCGCUCGCGUGGGCGUCGGCGGACGCCGCCGACCGCUUCGCGCGGAGCCGGCCCGACCGGCGCGCGGCGGCGCGGCGCGUCGCGGCCCUCCAGGGCGACCUGGCCCGGUUCCUCGACGCCUGCCGCGCGUGGCGGGCCCUGGACGCGGGGCGCUUCACGGGCGAGGCGCUCGACGCGCGGCGGCGGGCGCUGGCGGCGCCGCCGGCGCCGCCGGCGCUCGAGGGGCACUGGUGCGCCACGCGCGCGGAGCUGCGGGCCCUGGGCGACGCGGCCGACGACGGGCCGGCCGGCGACCUCGUCGUCGGCGCCGCGGGCGACGAGGGCGCCGCCGAUGCCGCGGACACCGCGGACGCCGAGGCCCAGGCGCGGCGCGUCGCGCACGCCUGGGCCGAGGCGCGGCGGCGCCGCGCGGCGGUGCGCGCCGCGGCCGCGGCCCUCGCGGCGGCGACCACGGCGUCUCGCGGCGGCGCGCCCGCGGCGGCGCUCGCGACCGCGCGGUCUCAAGGCGCGCCCGCGGCGGCGCGGGCCGCGCCGCGCUACGCGCGGCCGACCGAGGCCUGGGCCGCGGCGCCGCGGCGCCGGUCGCUCGGCGACCUGCGGCCCGACGAGCAGCGGCGCUACUUCGAGGACAUGCUGCGGCGGCCGUGGCGCGACGUCGACGCCGGCGCAGCCGCGCCCGCGCCCGCCGCGGCGGCGCCCGCGGCGACGCCGCCGCGGCCGCCCGCGGCCGCCUACGCGACCUUCACGGAGCGCGGCGACGCGACGCCGGCAGACGACGACGACACCGCGGACGAGGAGGACGACGACGCCGGCUUCGACCCGCUCGCCCUCACGCGGAGCUACUCCGAGCGCGCGGGCGGCUACGGCGACGAGAGCGACGGCGAGGCGGACGACGCCGCCCUCGCGUACGUCGAGUUCAGCGGCGGCGAGGACUCCGGCGACAGCGUCGACGCCGCCGCGCCGGCCGCGGCCUUUGACUCCGGGGACGACGCGGACGGCUCCGAGGACGACGCGGGCGCCGCCGGCGACUCGGACGACGGCACCGCGUCGACGGCGAGCGAGGCGGCCCCCCCGCCGGACGAGACGAGCGAAGCCGCGCCGCCGGCCGCCCCGACGCCGGACGGGCCGGCGACGGCCUACGCGGGCGAGCUCUUCACGAAGCACGCCGGCCACUGGUGCCGCGUCGCCGCGCGCCUCGUCGCCGACGUCGACGGAGCGGGCCCGGGCCUCUUGGACGGGGACCGGCCGCUCGUUUUGUUGGACGGGUGCGCCGUUGCCGCGUCGCAGCGCACGGACCUGGGGGCGACGCCGGGCCGCUUCUUCCUGGCGGUCACGGACGCCGGCGGCGCGAGGCGCGAGCUCGCGUGCGCCUCGGUCGUCGAGCGUGACGUCUGGGUGAACGCCAUGCAAAGCGCCCUGGACGCCUGGGCCGUCGCGGCGGCGGCCCGGGCGCCGGCCACGGCCGCGCCCGCCGCGCCGAAGCCCGCCGCGCCGAAGCCCGCCGCGCCGAAGCCCGCCGCGCCGAAGCCCGCCGCGCCGCCCCCGAACCGGCGCCAGUCGAGCCGCGAGGUGCGGGGCCUGGCCCUGCUCGCGCCGCCGGGCGUGCGCGUCCUGAAGCACUGCCGCCACGCGAAGCCCCACGCCUGCUUCGUCAUGGUCGACGUGCACGGCGCGCACCUCGCCUGGACGAAGAAGCGCGCGCAGUCGCAGCAGGGCAGCGUGCCCAUCGCGGAGAUCUCCGACGUGACCGUGGGCCUCGCGACGGCGGUGCUGGCGCGCCACGGCGUGCCCGAGCGCGCGGACCGCUACCUGUCGAUCGUGACGCGAUUCCGCACGCUCGACGUGGAGUGCGAGUCGGUCGCCGUGCGGGACGACCUCGCGGCGGCGGUGGACUUCCUGCGGGACGUGGAGUAG